UUUGAUUUUAUUGCCAAAUGUUAAAAAAAAUAUACAUGGAAGUAGGAACGGGGAAACGGAAAGCGAGAGCAGACAUCUCCGUUCCGCACGAGAGGCGGUGGGUUGAAGGGUCGUCCUUGAGCCAGUUGCUUCUGAUUAAUGCCAUCCGACUUGAAGGAUACAGAUGCAGCGGCACAAAAUGCAAAUCACCCGGCGGAAUAAUCAAAUCGAGAACGAAACUGAGCAAAGCGCCAUCAAAGUUGACGACGAACCAAACGGAAACUGCUCCACAAAGACAACAGAACAGCACACAAUUGAACAGCCCAAGGGCACAGGACGAACAAGGUUCAGGUGUUCAGCUGUUCAGCUGUUCAACUGUUCGGCUGGGCAGGAUUUUCCCACGACCCCAGCCAGUCGACUGGCUCCACUCCCAAUCCCAUUCGCUCUAGACAACACCCAACUGCCAGCCCAUAGAAAUCAACAAUCAACAAAUAUUUGCAUAGCCUCUUCGCCCGUCUCCUGGCUUGUUUCACUCCAGUUUAUUUCACAGGAUAUUUGUGCCACUGAACGUCGGAUGGAAAUUUGCUGAAUUGUUGCAUGUUUGCUGGAUUGCGAGACAGUGGCAUGUAGCAUGUGGCAAAGCUUGUCUCAAAUAUAUUGGAAUCUCUUUUGAAAA